AUGACAUUCCCAGGCUUGUUAGUAUGCCUUCUAUGGAAUAUUAUAGCAGUUACCGUAGCCUGGAUCAAUGAGAAGUUUUCUUGUCUUGUAGGUCCGACAAUUUGGUUUCUUGCUAUUAUCUACUUCAUAACAGGGGUUCCAGGGGCUGUGCUGUGGUAUCGCCGUGCUAUGAGGACUGAUAGUGCAUUGAAGUUUGAGUGGUUUUUCUUGAGUUACAUGCUCCAUAUUGCCUUCUGCGUCUUUGCUGCAAUUGCGUCUUUGGACUUCGAAUUUGCAGUUGGAAUCUUGCCAGCAAUAGAUGUCAUGGGUGAUCAUACUAGGGUUGGGAUUUUCUACUUUAUUGGAUUUGCAUUUUUUGCCAUCGAGUCACUGAUCAUCAUCUGGGUUAUCUAG